GGGGUUAAGCAGGACAAAACACAUAAAAGCAGGAUAACAAUGAUUCACUCCCAUAACUCUGAUGUAAGCAACAUUAAAAGCAGAACAUAAAGGCCACAGAGGAAGCAAGGCGUGCUUGUGAUGAGUGGCAGGCCCCUGGCUGCUCAGACGCAUGGUGACACCACGUAUGGAACCAGCCCGCGAAAAGGCAACGAGUGCAUGCGCAUCCGUGCGCCCCCCUGAGUUGAUGCAGUGGGAUAUCCAGGCAGCUCCGAGGUUGCAUAAUGUAAGCAUCAUCCCUCCUCUAUAGCGGUUAGAAGUACUGUUAGCUGCUGUAUGUCCUGGUUUUUACACGUGUUGGGGGGGGGGGAGGGAUAAUUGAGAUGUAUUGUGUUCCCCCGUUGUUUUUGAGUCAAAUUCACACGCACUUUCCUGUGAGUCAAUCACGACUUUCCCCUCUUUGUUCGUAACUACAUCAAAGUUAACCGGCACGCCGUUUUAGAGGAUGAAUAAAGUUGUUUGGCUAAGGUGAGUGAGUGAGAGUACACUCUCCUUCUCGCCGUGAUUCACACGCCGACCAUGCAGACGGUGACUGUAGCAAGCGGAGACUUCUGACGUCAGACCAGGAGAAUGACACGCGCGUCCAAUAAGGGGCCGGGGAUGAGCAGCGCGAGGACGGAGCUUGCCGAAGAGAAGGCUAAUAACCAUGCCAACCGAAGAAUAUAGCGCGCGCCGCUGACUGGGGGGAACGGAAAAAAGGGGGGAGAAAGACAAGGGGGAAACCCUGAAAGAAGACUCAACAGUCGCUCAAAGGAGGAGAAAGGAGCAACAGAGGCAUCCCGGUUCCUUCAAAGGGAAGAAAAGGACGAGGAGCUGCUAUGGUUCUCACCCUGGCUGCCACCGCAGCAGCCUUGAGCAGCGGCGGUGGCAACGGCUUCAACACUUCCUCCCCCCUCGACCCAUUCGACUCCUCAACAUCUUGGAACGUAAGCGAGGAUCCCUCCAACACUUCUUCAGAGCCCUUCUUGAGAACUCUGACUCCGGACCUCCAGCCGGCGACCACUGCUGGCACCGUGCAGGAAGUCAGCCCUUGGGAUAUUGCGUUGUGCGUAACGGGGACGCUCAUCUCCUGCGAGAACGCCUUGGUCAUCGCCGUGCUGUUCUACACGCCGACACUUCGCGCGCCUAUGUUCAUCCUGAUCGGAUCGCUAGCCGUGUCAGAUCUUCUGGCUGGUCUGGGCCUCAUCUUAAACUUUGUCUUCACCUAUUUGAUCGACAACUCGGUGGAAUUUGUGACGUUGCUGUCGGUCGGACUUCUCAUCUCGGCCUUCUCCGCGUCCAUCUUUAAUAUCCUCGCCAUUACGGUUGAUCGCUACCUGUCGCUGUAUAACGCCCUGACCUACCACACCGAGCGGACCGUCACUUUCACUUACAUGAUGGUGGUUUUUAUCUGGGUGACGUGCGUCACUCUGGGCCUGCUGCCGGCGUUCGGAUGGAACUGCUUCAAAGACCAGUCUACGUGCAGCAUCUGUCGCCCAGUCACCAAAAACAAUGCGGUGGCGCUCGCCGUCACCUUCCUCCUCGUCUUUGCCCUCAUGAUGCAGCUGUACCUUCAGAUCUGCAAAAUCGCAUUCCGCCACGCACAGCAGAUCGCAGUGCAACACCAGUUUAUGGCCACCUCCACCACCAAAGGGGUCUCCACGUUGUCGGCCAUCCUGUGUGCCUUCGGGGCGUGCUGGCUGCCAUUCGCCAUGUACUCCAUUGUGGCCGACUCCAGCUACCCCAUGAUAUACACCUACGCCACCGUCCUCCCGGCCACCUGCUGCUCCGUGAUCAACCCCGUCAUCUAUGCUUUCCGAAACCCAGAUAUCCAGAAGUCUCUGUGGAUGGCUUGCUGUGGGUGCGUCCCAUCCAACCUCUCCUUAAGACCCAGGACUUCCAGUGACGUGUAGCAAGAAAGGCUAGGGGGUCUAGGACGAUGCAACACGAAGAGUCGAGGUAAAAGGAUCGAGAGUUUGGCGCGAGAAAGGCAAGAAGGCUUUGCUCUCCUCCUCGCAUCAGGGAUGGAAAGCUGAUGACAAACGCUGAGCUGGCCACAGUCGAAGAGGCACCGACAGAUGACUGAGAGGAGGCAUGGUCAAAAAAAGAAGGAGCUAAUAAAGUCCACGUUUGUAGCCUGGAGAACAACCAACUGCAGGAAGUAAGCAGCAGGAAACCAACUGCAAAAUCCCAAUUAAAGGUAUCUUUUAAAAUUCUCUCCUUCUUUGGUGAAUGAGAGAAGUGAAGCUCCUCAUGAGUAGCAUAUGUGUGAAGGUGAAAUUUUGGUUGAGGGAAAAAAAAAUUGUACUAAAUCUCCAGAGGAUGCUCUGGAUGGUUAUGCAAUCAGGAAGGAUGCUUAAAAUACUGUACAUCUCUAAACUCAAGUGUUUGAAAUCAAGUGCUGUGUGGAUAAAAAUACAAUGAGCUAAAUAUACAAAAAUGAAUGACUUUCAACAUUCUCAAUGAGAUAUAUUUGUAGUCAUCUCUUGAAAAAUUACUAAAAAAAACUGCUCUACAUCAGCCAUGUUCCCUUUAUUAGAAGCAGAUUAGGUAGUUGAAAAGAGUGCAACAAAAAUUAGCUCUGUAAUUUCCCAUUACUUUCUAAGCUCAUUUUAAAUUUACCCAAUGCCAACAUCCCAGCCUGCUGUCCUCAAACGUUCAGCAAAAUGAAAAAAAUCUAAUCAUUAAGUGAACUGAUAAAUAGGGAGAUUUUAGGGAGGGAUUACUAAAUUUAGACCUGGCAUGUGUGGUCCUUGGCGUCAUGACAUCAAACCUGCUCGGCAUCUGAGGAAAAAUAGGCUUCUCAGGCUGCUGCUGGGCUGUGACUACAAAGCAGAGAGCUGAAUUCAGCACCAAGGACAGCUCACUGCAGAGCGCCGCUACCCUGGGAAAUGCUCUCGGCUGUGGUGGUGGUGGUGCUGGGUGGGGGCGCGGCGGGAGGGGGGUCUGCAAAAGUAGACUAUGCUGUUCUUUACACCAUCUUGCUAAGGAUCGGGAGAUGGAGAUGGGGCUUAAAGGACAAUUCCAUUUGAUUGCAUUAAGUCGACUGAAAAUAUGGAUCAGAAAAGUCGUUCACAGAACCACAUAGGAAGAACUGACGUCUCGUUUGACGUCCUUGGGCUGCUUUUGUUCAAAACAGAAAAACUACACACCUUUGUGUUUUUACUCUAACUUUAGCAGACAUUGAAAAACACCCACUAAAUUAAACACUUGUUUUCAAAGGCUUAUUGUGCACAAUUGUAUUACUUUUAAUCUGCACUUUGUAGACAAAUGUAAUAAUCCGAUAUGAGCAGGUUAACUAGUAGGACUAUCUGCUCUGUAGCACUCUCAGUCAGCCGUUAACCAGACAUGCUGCUUGUAGCUUACCAGCUGUAGUUCUUAAAGAGCAUAACAUGUAUAAGACUCAGGGUUUCCCUCAGUGUAUUUUAAGCUUGGCGGGCCACCAGGCUUUACUUGUGCCCCCACCAGGCUUAGCAUUGUUAAUUUAUCUUAGGUUUUAUUAAAUUAUUGCCCUUUUUAAGACUUUGUAGUUGAUGUUUAGGUAUUGAUAUUAUAGUCUUCCAAAAACGCAUAACUAUCAAGUAAUAUUUUCAAAUUUCCUGUCAACUCUAAACACUUUUUAACUCAAAACAUGGCAGCCGGCUGGAUAACUGUCCUAUGGUCCCGAGCAAUGGUGCUUAGCAAGUUUUCUGGGGGAAUCCCUGAAGACUGACAGGUUAUGGUUAAAUUGACAGGGUUUCCUCUGUUGUAUUAUAAACCUGGCAGGCCACCAGGCUUUACUUGCCUCCCCCACCAGACUAAGCAUUAUUUGUUUAUUUUAAAUAGGGAUUUUUUUUUAUACACCAGUAACAGUGACAGUAAAGACAGAUUAAGCUAGGUUUAUAGUGGCUGCAUUGACCUCACACGCUAUAAUUUCCAAAUUAUGACGCCUGCUCAUCCACCUCUGAAUUUUUUAAACUAAAACACGAAAACACGGUGGGUCCUACCAACGGGCUUAGCAGAUUUCCUGGGGGAAACCCUGUAUAUUUCCAAAAAUUAGUCUUUCUUGUAAAUGAGGGGGGAAAUAAAGCGAGUGCCUUCUUUCAGCUGGCUGAUCAGCAGUGCGCAGUAGCAGAUGAGGAAAGGAAAGCAAUGCUUUAUUCUACUCUCCAAUCUCAUCAAGAUGACUUUAAACUGCAGGAUUCAAAUCACUGGAAAUUAUACCGAUUUGGAAUCUGCACCUUUUUAAAACAUCUGGGUCAGCCGGUUCAUGCCCACCGGGAACUCCUGUGUUUAUCUCCAAUCUCCAAAUGGCAGUUUACCCAAAGCAGCUCUAAACUCAAGCGCUCUAGAUUGCUUUGGUUUGUGCUGCCGUAUGACUUCCAUCUAAAUUCCCCAGCUUGCAGCACGUCAGCAGCAGCCGGAUUUGCUCUCGCCCCGCCCCGAAGAAGCAGUUGCAGCUCUGGCCCGGAGCUCCUCUGAAGGCUCGGCGGGUUAAUGAGAAGCCAGAGAGAAGAGGUGACGUGGCGUGAAAUAGAAACGUCAGGCGAGAUGUACUUUAACGCAGCCUUGAGUCACACAACUACACAGCUGUCUUCCACUGGAGGUUGGCAGGUAUAUUUCCAACUGAAAAGGCAUCGCGCAAGUUUAAUCCAGUGAAUGUUAUUAACAUCUCUGCACCAGAGAGAUGAUGUUCAGAGAAGGAGCUAAAGAGGUGAUCAUUUCCAACCCUUUGUCUGCAUUUAAAUGAUCUGCAUAGAUAGCUUUCUCUCUCUCGUGUUCCUCUGCACAUCCUCAGAGAGAGUUACGAUGACUAAGCUACUGGCAUCCAGCUAAUAUAGGUGUGUGGGAGGUGUGCUGGCUUUGGGAAAAUCUAUAUGGGCUGUAGAUUCAAACUAACACUUUAGAGACAGAAAAAAUAGCUGUUUUUUGCAACAACAGGGAGUUUACUUUGAAUUUAGUGCUUUCUACCAAAUAUGUUGCAGGAGAUGAAAGCAAAAAUCCUACCGUUGAAAAUGGCACAUAGGAGAAGCAGUUAGCUUUUGUUCUUUUCUGUGUUGUAUAUGAAAACUUUUAAAAGAAGCAUUUUCUACGUUUCUUGGCAGGAAAAGUACAAUCAGUUGUUUUUGCAGCCGUUGUUAGCAAAACAACAGCUGCACAAUUUUCUGUCAAAGACAAGAUUAUUUAUUUGUGUCUUAUUUCUUUUGGCUUUUUUUCGCUUUGGGUAUUAUAUGGAGCAAAAUAUACUUUGCAAUAAAGUUCAGCUGCAUUUUGCUGUGUACAAAAAGCCACAAUGAAAAUGUAGAGAAAAAGAAAUGUGGUCAGCUUGGAAAUGUAGCUGAAAAAAAAAAACACAAAUAAUUUGACUUCAUAUUGGAUUUAAAAGGAAACGAUCUGAAUGGAUGGCUGUGUAUCCAAACUACUAAACGUUUGAAACAAAAAUCUAAAAACAUAGUAUAAGGUGAACCCAUCUAUCAAAGAAGCUUUGACCACCUCUCUUUUGUACCAACACUGCAUUGAUGGAACUGCCUAAUGGUUAAUCACUAGCAUCAAUAAUUCGGUAAAAUACAUUCAAUUAUCCAGAGGCUUUGGUACUUUGGAGAGUAAAGUAAAGUGAAAGUAAAAUCAAUCGUUGAAUCCAUUUUACAUUAAAAGUGGAUGCAAAUAUUUACUUUGCACAUCAUAUUUAUAUAAGGUUUUGUCAAAAAAAACAAACCUAAGCAUUUGUUUUUGGAAAUGCUAGAUGGGACAAACAAGGCUGUAAUGAAUUUGGUAAGUAAUUAAGGUUUGUACUGUUUCUGUACCUGAUUUGGUCUGAUAUCUGAAAGGUGCACAACAAGAACUGCUGCCUGAAAUUUGUAAAGACCUGCUUGAGCAGCUUUAAACGGUGACUGAAAAGAGACAAAAAGCUAUGGACCAGAUUUGAAAGGGAAAGAGUUUGUGUUUUAUUUUCGCCAGAAAGCUUAGCCACAGAUUUCCCAUCGUUACUGUUGGUUGAAAUCAUCUCUAGAAAAUAAAAAAUGGUUGUAUUAUUUUGGGUCUCACAUUACUUUUAGCCAUAUGUUAAUGCUAACCUAGCAUAGCUUAGUUUUUAGGUGAAACGUUUUAAUCUUAAUGUAUUGGAUAUCAAAUUUUGCCACAGCAGAAAAAAAUUACAAUUAUGCAUAGUUAUUCAUAAACAAGUACAAAGUUUGGACUUUUACCAUGUGGAGAAAAUUGCUUUGAGAAAUUUUGCAGCUAGCUACUGAUGGUCAGUUUUUUGGCUAAUUUUCCCUAAGGGGUUGGUGAAACAGUUAUCUUACAGAGACUUGUUAUUUAUGUUGAAGCACCACCAAUGUGCAAAUAUAACUCAAGGCUUUGACUUCCAACUGGCAGUUUUCCCUAGCUUAAAAAAUUAUAUUUUAGUUUCUUUGUUAUAGAAAAACUGUAAAAACAAAAUAAGAAAGAUUAAGCUAAAUAUACUGGCCAACAUUGUACUCCUAAUUCACUCAGUUUAUCGCAUUUCGAUAUUCAAAAUCCUGUUAAAAAAACUUUUGCUUUCUUGCUAGCUAAAAAGCUACCGCUCUCAAAGCUAACCGAUAUAGUUUCCAUUUGACUACAAAUCAUUUAAGUAAACUAUUUGGAAAAUUUAUCAACAUAUUUUAGUGGUAUGCUACAAAUUUGACAGAUGUCCAUGUUCCAAUUAUAAAUUAAAUCUAAUGAAAAAUAUAUUUUAGAAAAUCAUUGUUCUUUCACUUUAACAACAGUGACUAUUAGUAUCAAAGUAUUGAUAUAUUUAGGAAUAUAUAGGAAGUUAACUAAAUCUCCACAGACAUGUCUUGGACGUAAAGUAAUGAAUGUUCUUGCUUGCUACAGAAACCAAACUUGAUGAAUGUCUUUAAUUAAUACAAAAAGACUGUGUGCUGGUGUAAUCAAAUUGUUCACUAAUUUGAUCAAAAGAAUACAGUUCUGUCAUUUUCUUCUUUAAGGAGGUCAAAAGAUUUGAGCUGGAGUUCUCUACUUUUUCUUUGGCUUCACAUUCAGGCUUUGGUUUUAUCAAACCAAAAUGUUUUUAGACCAAGUUGUGCAGUGCAAGGUUUGUUGUGUUUUUAACAACCGGCAGUGUUUUCUCUGGCAGUGUUGGCUUGAGCCACAGUAUGUAAGAUUUCACAAGGAUAAAAUAAACAAAGUGAAGAAUUGAUCCAACUCUGGUGGAAAUUGUAAAAACCACAUAGAGAAACCUUGAGCCAGCAGUUUGAUGAAGUCAUUUCCAACGUUCAUCAGCUGAAGCAGCUGACAGCAUGAGUAGCAUUCAUGGUUUUGUUUUAACUUUGUUUGUUUUAAGAUGAUGCUCUUGGUCCCAUCUGGCACGUCCAGCAGUUAAAAAUACUCAUCUGUGAAUAUGGCACUAACUCAACCAUUCCUGGGGACGGGAGUGAAGCGACCACUCACUGUGUGUGUGUAGGUGUGUGUGUGUGUGUCUGCUAUCCUGUACGUUCUCCACCAAGAAGCAUAGCCAAUUGUAAGGAACCAUAACUCAACUAACUCUCACUGUAAACACAAACACUCGCUGAAUGGGUCUGUCCGAUGCUACGCCCGACUAUAAUUGUUUUGCUUUUUUAUUGUUAUUUUUUUAAAUGAAACUGUUCAAGUGAGUGUGUGUUAUUCUUUCUUAUGCAAGGCUGUACAGAAAUGUAUAUUUUUGUAAUGUUUAUCAUCAGGGCAUGAGUUCCAAGAUAUGCUCGCUGCUGUGCGUGUGUGAACGUUUCUUCCUCUUCUUCUUGCGUUUUCUUUCUAUUUAUAAAUGUUUACUGUUUCCUUUUUGGAGGGAAAAAAAUGUAUUGAAUAUGCUGAAAAAGUGCCAUAUUUUAUUUUAUUUUAUUUUUAUUGAAUCUAGUGUCCUAUUUUUGGUUCCUGUACAUACAUUUUUGUUCAAAGGUGAUUCUCGUAGCAGAAUCUGAAGUCGUUGCUGAUCUGUGGAAAACAAGAGCAACAACAAAAUCUCAACACAGCAGCUAAAAGUGGAAGGAUCUAAAACAGAUGAAAAGAGUGUGGUAUUUAAAAAAACGUUCUUGUGAGGCAUGACUGAUCAUUACGCCGAGCAAACAGAAUAAAACCUUCUGAACUGCAGUGCUGUGAAGAUGUGUUUGCCCCUUUACAGAUUUCUUCCGUUUUACCCUUUUUAUAUCAUCAAACUAAACUGUAUAUCACCGAAUUAUAGCUUAAAUAAAUAAAGAAAGAUAAAAAAUGAUGAUUUCAUUGAUGAGAGGAAAGCUGAUAUCCAAAGCAACCUGUGAAAACACCACAGUUCAUAAACCUGGUUUAACUUUAGUUGCUACAGCCAGGCCUGAUUACUGCCAGACCAGAAAGGUUCAAAAUUGGUGAUAUCAAUUUUGACUUACCCAUGUUUUCCAACUCUAAACUUUUAAACAACGCCCACAUAAUUUUCUAAAAGUUGUAGCAUCUCUGCUACCAAAAUUAUGCAUCAGGUGUGGGAAUAAAGUGCAGUUAAAUUACAUCCAUUGGGCCAAAUGUAUUGUUAAUAUGAACAGAGUGAAUGUAUUUCACUAGAUAUUUUACCAAAUAUCACAUCAGUAUGUUGCACAUACCGAUAUUAUGAAAGGACUUUACACAUGUAAAGUGCUCAUGAUUUAAUAUAUAACUAUUACAAAAGAUGAGAGUGGAUGUUUUCCACAUAUUAUUUUUCCCAGACGGCUCUCUCAAGAUUAACUUUUAUCAAGAGAGCCAUUGGGAAAAAGUAUAUGCGGAAAACGUUGACUCUCGUCUAUUGUAUUUAAAGACAGAGACUGAGCAAAAUGGCAGCCAAAAGAAAGAUCUAACACAAAACAACAACAAAAAUGCUGACCAUGCAGAACUCAAAAGCCUGUCUGUUUGCCCAAAAACAUCUUGGUGAUCCUAAGGAUUUUCCAGAAAUUUUGUUUGGGCCGAUGAGAUAAAAGCAGAACUUUGUGGAAAACAUGCCUCCCGUUCACUCUUGUGCAAAACACGACCAUCAUAGCCACAGUGUGAUGGUCUGGGUUUGUUCUUCUUCGAGAUUUAGAUGACUGUCUAUAUUUGGCAGAGUCAUGAAUUAGACACUUGCAGAAAAUCCCCAGUGUGACCAAAUUAAUACAAAUCUGCAGACGACUAGGACACAGUUACAAAACAAACAGCAAAGUGAAAAA